AUGCUUAAGAUAGCCGACAUCCUCUCUGAUUUGACUUCCCUUCGUGUUGGCGACCCAGCUGCUGCCAUGGAUCUCGUGCUGGCUCGUCCACCCAGCAGUGUCACAGACGUGGCUACUCAACAACUGCAGAGGGCGCAGAGCGCAUCAGAUUCAGAUGUCGAUCUUGCGCGCGCUCAGGAUCUGCUUGACCUACACGCCAGUGUAAAGUUGGCUCACCGCGGUGGUGUCGACGACGCUUUGAACCUCGCUCGUCAGCAAGUCAACUCGGCUCUGAGAGACGUCUGA